AACACGAAACAGAAACCGUGUGUUUCCCCUGUAACCGACCCCCAAUUCUGUCUCACCCCCAACCCUUACUCAAAUCUUUGGCUUUUCAGUGUCCAGCUAAGGUCCAUCUCCCCCAACUCGUCUCCCUCAAGUCGUCGACACGAACACAACUCAGGAGCUCUCUCGUUCUACCCCUCAAAUCUAUCGGGUAUUCAACUCUCCCCAACACAGCUCCAAGGUUCGAAAUCACUGCCUUGGGUUAUUGGCUGUAGUGAUUUCGAUGUCAAUAAGAAACAAAUGAAUAUGUUAUUGCGGUGAACUCAAUUCUCGGUUUAUAUGUGUAGUAGAAUUUCAAUCUACUGUUCUUCGUUAUCGUGGUGUGUUCGCUCAGUCAAUGUCACAAACAGCUUGUAUUCUAAUUUUGUAACUUAAUGGAUAUCUUCCAAUCCACUUACAUCUAUCUUUCCUCCAUUAGAAGUUCAAAAUAAUCUGCCCACGGAGGGAGAAGUCCGUUCGAUAUAGUCUGUCAUUCACUUUCCCUUGUUUAUAGGAUCUGGUCGAUUUUUCCUCUUUCGAGUUUCGUUCUGUUUUCUACAAUCAAUAACAACUUCACUUGGUAGUAAUGCGGCACAUGAUCAGGUUAAGAUCUUCUAACCUCUCCGUAUUCUCAAUUCUUCGUCGAACCCAUGUCAAUUCUACUUGUUCUGAUAUUCUUGCUAAACCUAUCACUGCUGCCCUUCUUAAGUUCAGCCCAUCUACCCGUUACAGUUUUUCAGCUAUGGAGCCUCGGUUACAAUUUUUCUCGUCUUCUUCUAUUUGUCCAAGUUCGAACCAUUCGACCUCCAUAGAAACACAAGAAGAUGCUAAUAGUGACGAUGAUGAUGGUGACUGCAGUGGUGAAGAAUAUGAAGAGGAUGAAACAGAAUUCAAACCAUUGCCUCUGGGAGACGAGGGUCUUGUCCGAGACACAAUGACUAUUGUGGAUAUAUUGCGUGAACUUGGUAGCAGUCCGUCUGAAUCAAAAAACAAACUUGAGCAUUGCGGGAUUACAGCCUCAUCAGAAUUGGUGGUGGCAGUGCUCUCACAAGUCCGCAAUGAUUGGGAAGCAGCAUUCACGUUCUUUCUGUGGGCUGGAAAGCAGCCUGGUUAUGCUCAUUCUGUGCGUGAAUACCAUUCCAUGAUCUCUAUUCUUGGGAAAAUGAGAAAGUUUGGUACUGCAUGGGCCUUGAUUGAUGAAAUGAGAGGCGGUACCAAUGGUCCAUCUCUUGUCACACCUCAGACUCUCUUGAUCAUGAUUAGGAGAUAUUGUGCUGUUCAUGAUGUGGGGAGAGCUAUAAAUACUUUCUAUGCCUACAAACGGUUUAAGUUUGAAGUUAGGAUUGACGAAUUCCAAGGCUUUCUCUCUGCCCUUUGCCGGUACAAGAAUGUGCAAGAGGCUGAGCACUUGCUCUUCACGAAUAAGAAUAUGUUCCCGUUUGAUACCAAGAGCUUUAACAUCAUCCUCAACGGGUGGUGUAAUGUGAUUGUUAGUCCCCGGGAGGGAGAGAGAAUUUGGAGGGAGAUGAGCAAGAGAGGUAUCCAACAUGAUGUUAUCUCAUAUGGAUGUCUCAUAUCAUGCUAUUCAAAAGCAUGUAAUCUGAAGAAGGUGCUCCAGCUCUUCAACCAGAUGAAGGAAAUGAAAAUUGUAAUGGAUAGGAAAGUCUACAACGCUGUCAUUCAUGCUCUUGCAAAAGGUAGGCUUGUGAAAGAAGCUAUCAAUCUCCUGAAAACAAUGGAAGAGAAGGGCGUUGCUCCAAAUGUUGUCACUUAUAACUCACUGAUCAAGCCUCUCUGUCGGGCCCAGAAAAUAGAAGAAGCUAAAGAAUUCUUUGAUGAGAUGUUGCAGCGGGGUUUCUCCCCUACAAUACGGACUUACCAUGCCUUCUUCCGUUGUUUAAGGACAGGAGAAGAAGUGUUUGUGCUCUUGGAAAAAAUGAAAAACAUGGGCUGCCAGCCAAAUUCAGAUACCUACAUGAUGUUGAUUAGGAAAUUUUGUCGAUGGCGCCAGGUUGAUAAUGCCUUCAAGUUGUGGAACACAAUGAGUAAAAAUGGAGUCCACCCUGAUCGGAGCUCAUAUAUUGUGCUGGUACAUGGACUAUUUUUGAACGGAAAGCUGGAGGAGGCACACAAAUAUUAUAUAGAGAUGAAGGAGAAACAGUUUGAGCCAGAACCAAAGACAGAUGAGAUGAUUCGGGCUUGGAUGUCUGGUAAACAUGUACCUGAGUGUCAGAAGAAUGAUUUAGAAGGCAAUCAAUUAAAUUGUAGGGAGUCUGUCAAGAACACCGGAUUUAUAUCAAAGAGAUUUGAUCAAGCAAGAAAUUUUUGCCGCCAACCGGAAACUAGAAGAGUUGCGAGAGAGCGCGGCUUUUCUUUUUGGGAGCAAUAGGCUCUCAUGUAAGAGAAGUCUCAACAGUUUGAGGUUUUACUGUAAACAUGACUGGGUGGUUAGCAACCUCCAAUGUCACGUUUCCCAUUGACCUCAUUCAGGUGCUGACCAGAGAGGCUUCCUAGAUGGUUUCCCAACAAUUCAAAAUACAGAAAUCAGCAGCAACAAGGCAAACUAAUCUCAUUAAAAAUUCAAGAUCAGCAACAGCAAACUGUCCAUUUGCUAUCCACCAUCAGCAAGAGUUUCUUAGUUUUAGAUUAAUUUUGAAAGGGAGAAGAUAAAAUGAAGAGACAAAAAGGAACACUGCUCCCUGCAUCCAUGCCAAAAGUCUGUUGGCUUCACUUGCAGCAAUCCCAGUGCCAUUCAUGUGAUCCGCUGCACCUUGCCUCUCCCUUGUCCGUCGGAUAUUAUUUGAUGUAUGAUGUUUUUCUUAUAGAAAUUGUGUGAUUAGAAAAGGGUAAGGGUGGAUUUCCAUGGUUGGGAUAGCAGGAUCGGGAGUUCAUAGCAUUGUACUUUUAUGUUAUCCUUUUCUAAGUGCUCGCUCGCUCACUCGUGUGGUUUACAUACUUUUGAUUAGGAGCUCCAUGUUCUUGCUCUUUUA